CUGCUUCCAGACCUCUCCUCGGCUGCGGGACAAGGAGCCAGGGACGGACCUUCCUCCACAUCCCACCUUCCUCCUCCUCGCCCACCGGGGACAGAGCCAGCCCCUCUCUGCAGAGCGGGGAUUUGGGGACACCGGCACAGCCCCUCCCACGUCACCUCUCCCUCCUCCGUCCCCCAAACUCGGCAGCGGGUGAGGAGCUGGGGACACGCAGCGAGGCCCUGCGGGACGGGGCACCAGAGCAUCCGUCGCCGGGGCCAUGGCGGCUCAGCCCCGCGGGGGCGAGAAGCCCUUCCACAUCGUCUCCCCCCUCCUGGAGAGCCUGCCCCUCUCCAAGGCGGCGGGCACCAAGGUCUACAUGAAGCUGGAAAACGUCCAGCCCACCGGCUCCUUCAAGAUCCGGGGCAUCGGCCACCUCUGCCAGGAGGCUGCCAAGAAGGGCUGCCGCCACUUCGUUUGCUCCUCAGGGGGGAACGCGGGUCUGGCGGCGGCGUACGCGGCCAAGAAGCUGGGGGUGCCAGCCACCGUCGUGGUCCCCAGCACCACCGGUCCCACCACCGUACGGAAGCUGGAGGAGCUGGGGGCGGCGGUGGAGGUCUCCGGCCAGGUGUGGGAUGAAGCCAACAGGAGAGCCCUGGAGCUGGCGGAGACCGAGGGCUGGGUCAGCAUCCACCCCUUCGACCACCCCUUGGUGUGGCAGGGUCACGCCAGCCUGGUCCAGGAGCUGAAGGACUCGCUGGAGACCAAACCGGACGCCAUCCUGCUGGCGGUGGGCGGCGGGGGGCUGCUGGCGGGCGUUGUGGCUGGCCUGCACCAGGUGGGCUGGCAGGACGUCCCCAUCGUCGCCGCCGAGACCCGGGGGGCUCACAGCUUCCACGCGGCGCUGGCGGCCGGCCGGCUGGUCACCCUGCCUGACAUCACCAGCGUGGCCAAGUGCCUGGGAGCCAAGACGGUGGCGGCGCGGGCGCUGGAGUGCGCCCAGGAGUGCCAGGUCAUCUCCCAGGUGGUGGAGGACGCGGAGGCCGUGCGAGCCGUGGAGCAGUUCCUGGACGACGAGCGGAUGCUGGUGCAGCCGGCGUGCGGGGCUGCCCUGGCCCUGCUCUACACGGGGCGGCUGCAGCGGCUGCAGCGCGAGGGGCGGCUGCGGACCCCGCUGGCCUCCGCCGUGGUGGUGGUGUGCGGGGGCGGCAGCAUCCAGGCGGCCCAGCUGCGGGCCCUGAAGAGCCAGCUGGGGCUGGAGUGACACCCAGCCCGAGGAGGGGGACGCCACGGAGCCCGGCCGGCACCCGCUGCAUGUUUACCUUCCAAAAUAACCAAAAUAAAGCCCGGCUGCCUGGGGGACGCCGUGCCGGUCUCCUCCCGCAGCCUCGGCAUCCAUGGUGGGAUGGGGAAACUGAGGCACGCGGGGACGGACGAGAGCCGGCAGGGAGGGAGCCUGUGCCUGUCCCAGGGCAGGACGGGGGUACCCACAUCCCGCUCUUCCCUUUGGAUGUGCCGGGCAUCCUCCUCCCCGACCCUCCGUCCCCCCUCCCCUGCUCUUCCCCGGGUUGUUUGGGCUGUAGCUCCCCGCCUCAAUUAGCGAGCGCUCCCUCUCUGACUAAUUACUUUGCUACUGUCUUUAUGCAUUAUUAUUCUAAUGAUUAUUAAUUAUUACAAUCUUCUCCCGUUCCUGCCGCGCUGUCUGCGGGCAGGAGAGAACAACACACGCAGAACCCGCUUGUUACAGUGAUUUAUUGACCGAGCUCCCCGGCUGCGUUUAACACCCAUGGGCUCUGGGGGGGGGGUGUGGGGGGGGGAGUGUGUGUGUACCCCAUCCCAGAGCCCCCAUGACCCCCCUUUUUUCCCCUAUCCCGCUCUUUUUUCCCUUUCCCCCCCUUUCCUCCGGGCUUUCCCGUUCUCUGCCGUUCCCACUCUCUACGGCUGCGUUUGCUUUUAGCCCUUUGCUAUUUGCGCCUCCCCGGGUUUUUUUCGCGUCCCCCCCCCCCCCCCCCGAUGGCAUUUUGCACACACACCCCCUCCCCCCCGGCUCCCUUCCCUCCAUCCCCAGGCGAUGUGGGGUCUUGCUCCCACUGGGGCUCCCCCACGCCCCCACCAUCACCUGGUGACCUCGGGCGGGGAGAAAAGCCCUUUCCUGCCCCAAAACCCUUCUCAACCUCCUCCCCUUUGGGACACGGGGGGCUCAGCCCCAGGACCCACUCACUCCCCCCCCCCCCCCGCAAGAUCACAGGCAUCUCCCUCAAAGCCCUUUCCCCUGGCCGGGCGCCUGCUCCGGGACCCUACAAAUCCCCCCCGCCCCUGCCUUCAGCCCUUCUCCUCUCUCCCCCGGUACAUCCCACCGGCCAGGCCAGCCCCCCAGAUGCUUCUUGGAGGCCAAAACCCCAUAAAUCAAAACUCUGCCUCUCCAUCGUGGGCAAUAUCGUAUGGAAAAAGGUGUUUCCAGGGAGCACCGAAGGCUGGAGAAUCCUAUUACGAGGCACACUAUUAAUUAUAAGGAGUCAGCCCAACCUACUCCAGCCAUUUUUUAUCCCAGGUCCAAAACCUGAUUACUUUCCACCUUCUGCAGACCUUCCCCUUCCUGGGGAAAAAAAUAAAAAAAAAAAUAAAAAAAAGGAAAAAGGUCAGGGGAAAAAAAAAAAGCCGUUUGCCCAACAGCUUUGGAAAAGAAGUUUAUUCCCAGGACUGAUGUUGCUCUGCUGGGGACCAGGGGGGAGAGCUCGCGGUGGCGUUUCCCCAGCACGGUCCCACGGGGGUUGUUGCUGGGGGUACAUGUGGGCACAACUGCGGGGUUUGGGGUGACCCCCCCAAGCACCCCGACAAUGAGCUUUGCCCCCUCCUUGCCUUGACGAGGGAGGGCUCAGGCUUUGGGUGUCAGCUGUGGGGGGGAAACUGAGCUUUGGGUGCCCCUGGCAGGGACAUGGGGGUGCAGGUUACCUGGGGGACACCCCGCUGCGGGUGGCCAUGGCCUCAGCCGGUGGGAGGUGACCCUGCGGCUGGAGGCAGGGGUGAACCCUGGGUGCUGGUGCCUUCUUGGGACUGCUGGGGUGAUGGGGAGCCCAACCCUGGCUGCCAUGGGGACCCUGGCUGUGAUGGGGACCCCCGUCUUGGUUGUGAUGCUGUACCCUGACCCCAGCUGCAAUGGGGACCCCAACCCUGGCUGUGAUGGAGACCCCGGCUGCAAUGGGGACCCGGACCCCGGCUGCCAUCCCCAGCUGCGAUGGGGACCCCAGUCUUGGUUGUGAUGCUGUACCCCGACCCUGGCUGCAGUGGGGACCCCGGCCCUGGCUGAGGUUAAGGGCUAGGAUAACAGGGGUCUGAACCCAGCUGCUCCCAGCAAGACCAGCUCCGUGUCCCACGGCCUGGAUCCUGCCCCUGUGCCCUCCCGCAUCCAUCAGGUCCCUUCUGCCAGGACCGAGCGGCCCAUGGGUGUUUGCUGGGACCGGCAAGCCCCCAGACGGUGAACUGGGGGAAGGUUUGGCUCCUGCAUCCAGCUCCGUGCUGGCGGGUCCCUGCUGGGAUGGCUGCUCCCGCUGAGCCCCAUCCCCCUGCGCAGACCCCUCUGUCCCCCUGCACGGGAGGUGACAGCCAGCGUCAGCCAAAGUCCCUCCUGCAGUUUCUCCUGUCCCAGGGAUGGGGUGUCCCAGCAGCCCGCAAACGGCCCUCAGAUGU